GCGUUUGUGUAGAAGGAGCGGAUAUACGACAGCUUGUACGAUGUUUCAACAUAACUGGUAACAACUAUACCUGUAUGGAAUACAUGGUUUACCUGGUCGUGAGAAUGAUGCCACUGCUAGUGGGGAUUUGAAAACCAAAGGCUGCAAUCCAUAUACAAGAUAGUUCUAGUAGUUACUUCUUCUACAUAGUAAAGAUGGAAAAUUUAUUUGAUGCUGAUGAUGCUGAUGAUGCUGAUGACUUGGACAGAAAUUAUUUUAAUGAUAGAAAUAUAUCACAGAGUUACGAUGACGUCCAAGCUAUUACUCCCAAAACACAGCCUGUGUCACCGAGCGCUGUAGAUUUCUCAAAAAUCCACACGGGUUCACCAAGUUCAUAUAACCCGGGCGCAAAAUUGGACCCUAGUUCUUUACAGACUAACAAGGACUCCAGGACUCUAGGAAAUGGUUCCAUUGGUUUUAACAAAGACAGAGAGGAAAUAACUUUUUCACAGGAGCCCUACACUCCUUCCGAAAGAGAUUACCCUGUGGAUAAAUCCAAAAAGAAGGACGACGAUGAUGAACAACCCAAAAAGAAGGUCCGUUACAUGGACUCCGCCCGGUUUAUAAUAGCAUCAGUGUUUAUCGCUGUGGCCAUAUUGGCGGUGGUUGUGGUGACUGUUGAGUACGAAAAUACACAGGACACAAGGACAAGUGCUUCAUCCGUUGACUUUCAAUGUAUAUUGAUUCCAAAUGACACUACAGCAGCGAAAAAACUGAAAUUUAAUACGACGAUAGAAAUAUUGUGUGACUAUUCAGAAAAAAUCGCUAGUGACGUUUACAACUCGACUCUACUGAUGGAAUUCAAACCCGAGUAUUACCUUCUGCAAACUCAAAACGCCAUGGAGAUUAAUCACACCCUACUGCCGACCACGGUUCAAGCAGGACGGUGGCAAAUCAGCGUGUCCCACCCUCAACGCAGGAUAAGGAUCCUUGGGGAUCCGGUGAAGUGCGGGGGUGACGGAUAUUUUAGAAUUACAUUAAUACAAAAGCCUAAUAAAAUAUACCCAAGUGACGUGAACAUCCAAAUUGAAAGCGAAACUUCUGAAGUACAGUUGGAGGUUGGUCAGUCAAAAGCAGACGGGCAAUACAAGAUCACGUGCUCCUCAACAAGCGAUUGUACGCCUGCGCCAAUAACCUUGCUUGGAUCUCUUGGAAAUAAGGUUGUUCCCUUAUAUGGAAUGAACUUCACGUGCAUCAUUAAAUAUAACGACUAUGAUGGUUGGUCCGUAAAUUGUACCGGAAGUAUUCCCAAAAGUGUUGUCAGUUCUAUUGACGAGAUCACGUGCCGUCCUAUCCUUGAAGACAAAAAAGAGGCUGACAAAACGGAAGCUAAAGUUUCCAAGGAUGUACUCCUUUGUAACAAUGAUGAAACCUGUAACUUUCAAUGCCCUAAACAGAAUCAGGACAAAUAUUAUUCGGAUCCAAAAUUUUGCAACAUUUUCCACCGCUGUGUGAACGAGAGACUGUACACGGCUCCCUGUGGGAAGGGUACAUACUUCUCUACUAAAAGGUGCGCCUGUAGCCAUAUUAAUGACGUCAUAGGAGAAAAUAGCUGCAAUACGGACGGACUUAGACUCAAGGGAGGAAAGGACAAAGAACUGUGUACUGAUUCCACUCGAAGAUAGCGAGCUUACCUUAAGGUUACAUCUGUAUGAGUUCUUCAAAGCAUAGUGAAGAAUAGAAUAUCAUUUUUCAUUUCAUCUUUAUGUCAUCACGUAGCUUAUAUUUUAAUUUUAGAAGGCACGAUUUUCUGUUUAUAUAGCACAUUGUAUGUUUGAUUAUGAUUUUUGUUCAUCCGCGAUACAUGUUCUUUGCGCAUGAUUGUCAUACAAUGAUAAAAGUAUUUUAAACACACAGUAAACGUCAUAUGUUUCUUUCUUUUUCAUUUUCGAUGCCAGUAAAAGGAGUAAAAAGCAAAUCAUGAAUAACGAAAUUCAACUCAGCAUUUGUUAUACCCCUGAAAAUGGAUUCAUUCAAAUUCAUUUAACAUUAUACUCUGCUAAUAAAUUGAGGAUCAAAAAAUCAAAGUACAUCAAAUUUGUGCUGAUAAUACAUUUGUGAACAGACAUUGUAACAUGCACCAGAUUUACUAUAUUGAUUUCUCAGAUUUCGUUGUCAAUAAAUAUUUUCAUGUUGAAACUAAAGUUAUUUGCAUUUUUUGUUCGGAUGAAAUAAAUAACAAUUUUUAUGCAUUAACAUAUAACUUAGAUUUUUACUCUGAAAACUUUAUUAAUUUUUUUUAUCCAUUAAAAUAAAAUCAAUAUACAAUUGAAGUGGAUAUUGACAAAUAAUGAAAAGUAUUUUUUUAAAUAAAAUAUCUUUAUCCAACUCAAACACUAAACAUUGGCUUGAAUUCUAAGGAUAAAAAUUUGACCAUGAUUCUAUUAUUUAUCUCAAUUUGACAAAAGUACGAUAAGAACAGAAGGUAGCGAGAAUCGACAAAUAAUAUCAAUUUAUUCAGAAAUCAUGGUAAAGGGCAUCCAAAUACGAAGACAUUAACUUUAGUUUAAGAUAUUACAACGCACAAAUCAAACAACGAUUUUAAUAUUUCGUGGACCAAGACAAUAUCUCACAUCCCCUUUGUUUUAAGAUGUAGAUAUAAAUCAUGAACUUAGAGAAGAAGAAAAUAUCAGUGUAAUUAUAAAUAAUUUUUCAACCAAUACGACUUUUGAAAUAAAUAAUGUACUAGAGCUGCAAUUUGUGCUAGAUGCAUUUGCGGAUUUGAAUGACGGAAUAUUAAACACAAGGGUGUCCUUUUAAAAAAGAGGCAUAUGGUCAUGGUAUUAAACUGGUAUUUUGAUACUUUAGAAAGAAAUUAUAUGUCUAUUUUAAAUGUUUACAAUACGAAGCAAAUGUUUUAAUGAAGGUCAGCAAAAAUGUGUACACCCUUUGUCAAGUUUUUCAAAACAAGAUGCAGAGCAUUGUAACAGAGCAUAUAUUUAAUUAAUAAUAUGCGAAAAAGCUGCAUGUCAUGAUUUUGUUUUGCAAAUAUAUGUAUACUCUGAUAAAAGCUUACUUUUUUCUCUUUUACAAACUAUUACAAUGUAUGAACUUU